AUGGACAAGUCGAAGUUUGGCAAGAGAUAUGAAGGCAAAGUGGCCAUUGUCACAGCUUCGACUCAGGGCAUCGGCUUCUCCAUUGCCGAGCGUCUUGGCUUGGAAGGUGCCUCUGUCGUCGUCUCUUCUCGCAAACAGAACAAUGUAGAUGAGGCAGUUGAAAAACUCAAAGCUCAAGGAAUCGAAGUGUUGGGUGUCGUUUGUCAUGUGUCAAAUGAACAACAAAGGAAGAACCUCAUAGACAAGACUGUUCAGAAAUAUGGGAAAAUAGAUGUGGUUGUAUCGAACGCAGCUGCUAAUCCUUCAUUUGAUGACAUUUUGCAAACUCAAGAAUCUGUCCUGUAUAAGCUUUGGGAGAUAAAUGUCAAAUCGUCCAUCCUUAUUUUACAGGAUGCAUCUCCUCACUUGCAGAAGGGUUCUUCAGUGGUUAUUAUUUCCUCUUUUACUGCCUACCAACCACCAGCUACCAUAGCUAUGUAUGCGGUGACUAAAACAGCCCUUCUUGGGCUUACGAAGGCCCUUGCAGCUGAAAUGGCACCAAAUACGCGCGUAAACUGUGUUGCUCCUGGUUUUGGACCAACAAGGUCUGCCGCAUUACUUGGAACAAAUGAUGCUUUUAUGAAGAAGAUUGAGCAGAGGACUUUACUUAACAGGCUUGGUACCACACAAGACAUGGCUGCUGCCGCUGCCUUGUUGGCAUCUGAUGAUGCUUCUUAUAUAACAGGAGAAAUUCUAGUGGUGGCGGGAGGGUUGCCUUCUAGACUCUAG